GGCCUCUCGCAGCCUUGCCAUCAUUUUCUUGGCGUUAUAGUCCUGCCUGCCGGCCGGCCUCCAGGAUCGAUCAGCAAAGCUAAGAGCCAGGCGGCAAGGGCCAGUCGUCGGAACGAACACACAGACAGCCGCAUAAAUCCAUCCAUCCAUCCCCUCCCUCUCCCUCUCCCUCUCCCUGCAGGCCGGCAGCCGUUGGAGGAAGCCACAGACGACAAGGCACCCCGACCGAGUCUGAUCCCUCUUCUCGUCCCAAUCAUCUCUGCGCUAGAAACGCCGCCAUGGCUCAGCAGAAGAACGCGCACGUGCCCAAGUUCGGCAACUGGGACAACGACGGCAACGUGCCGUACACGCUCUACUUCGACAACGCGCGCAAGGGCAAGGGCGCCGGCGGCAAGAUGAUCAACCCCAACGACCCCGCCGAGAACCCGGAGGCCUUCUCCAUGGCCGCGCCGUCGCCGGCGCAGACGCCUCCGCGGCACGAGCGCCGGCCCAGCGACGCGCCGCCGCCGGCGCCCGUGUCGCCCAACCCCUACGCCGGGUCGCCGUACCAUCACCGCCACGGCGGAAGAGGCGGCGGGCGGGCCGCCGCCGGCGGGUACAGCGUCGAGCAGUCGCCCGUGCACCCUUACAGCACCUCCGAGAGCGCCGGGUACGGCCUCGUGGCCAACUCCGUCGACCGGUCCCGCGCCAAGGGCGGCUCCCGCGGCAACGAGACGCCGACGAGGGGCUCGGCGGUGCCCAAGUUCGGCGACUGGGACUCGAACCCGGCGUCGGCGGAAGGCUACACGCACAUCUUCAACAAGGUGAGGGAGGAGAAGCAGACGCAGGCAGGGAAGCCGGCGGCGUACGGCAAGGACGGCGGCGCGCGUGGCAACGGCGCCAAGCAGCACCACGACGACGGCUACGUCUCAUCGAAAUUCUCGUGCUUUGGAUGGUGCAAGCAGUAGAGACCCGAUGGAAUGGCUGAUGAAUGGUGAUGAUGGAUGGAUAUGGAUACAUACAAAUGUUGAUUCCUCUGGGGAUGUAAAUCUGGAGAAGGAGUGGGGGUUGUGAAUUGUGAUUCUACCUGGACUGCAUUCCCAUCUGUGAUGGAUUGAUGGGCAUGAAACGAUCUCCACGAUCUCUCUCUCUCUCUCUCUUUUUGUGGUAGCUUUCACUUUAGUUUUUGAAGUGAGACAUAGAGUUGGUAGUAGAAGUAAGCAUUGCAUUGUUGUGUUGGUUCUUCACAUCUUCACUAUUGAAUUGAAUUUACGGUACAUGUAUGUACGACAGGAUUGCACUCACUCUGAACUCUGAAGUGAAUAUAUAUUACAGCAUGUUGUUGGCA